GGGAACGCACCUAUUGUCUAGCGCGCACUCGUCGGGCACGGGUCAGCUGUGGCCGGGAAAGCACUUAUGAAAAUCGACCAUGAUUACGUGAUAACGGCCGGCCAGCGCUCAGUCCAGCCAUGCUGGACUACAUACUGCCGGACUUCUUCGUCGAAGAAAAGGCUCGAAUGUCCUUAGAGCCUUUGGUUCAGGAAGGAGCCCAGAACGGAGCCCUAUGCCACAGCCGGAGCUGCAGCCCUACGACGGGUUUCCAGAACCCAGCAUUCCGAACGGACGUCGUGCGAGAGCCCUGCAAGGUGCCAGCCACUACACGGAAUGCCGUUUCACAACAAGAACGGCCCCCUGUGCAAGUAGUAAACGACAACGCUUCAACAAAAGCUCGCAGGCGAGACGAGCGCUGCUGCUGCGUGGAGGCGGCCGACCAGCGCAGCGGCCUGUCGGCGCCAGCAGCGACGGCCGCAGGUUCUCCGGAGAAGCCCUCGACCAGGUCCAGCACGCCGUCACCUUCGACGUCGUCGGCCGUGGCGGCGUCCUCUUCUCGCAGGGCUGGCGGCGACGGCGGCGCCGACGGACGUACCCAGACACGCAUUGGCGCCGACCUUACGCCCUUCCACACGGCCGUCAUCUCCGACUCUGAAAACACGACGGCCUCUGAGUUCGUGUCAGAGAGGAUACAGACCCUGGUGCGUGCCUUUUCUCACCGAUCACAGCGAGUCAAGGAACGCAUCGCAGAACCUCCUACGCCCAGCCCAACCCCGCCGCCGGAGAAGCGCGAGGACUACGAGAGCCGGCUGCGGUUGGAUUCGUUCGCACUCGUCGAAGACGUGCCUGCCGAGAGCCAGGCCGAUUCGGAACAGUUCAUCAGGAUAGGAUGUUGCUCUUUCUCUAAGAAGGCCUGUACUUUUCCAAGGACCAUCGACCCUCAAAGCAAGCUGUACGUGUCAUGGCAACUGGCGGUGAGCGUGUGCUUCCUGUACAACUGCUGGGCCAUCUUCCUGCGCGCCGUGUUCCUGGAAGGCUCGCACGCCGACGAGGCCGGUUUCUUCGCCUGCGACUACCUGUCCGACCUGGUGUACCUGCUCGAUAUACUUCUAUUCAAGUCGCGCAUCAGGUUCCACUCCGCCGGCAUGUGGGUGGAAGAUCCCAAACUCACCCGACGGAACUACUUCCGCAAGCUUAUAUUUAAGAUGGACGUAGCUUCCCUACUACCCUUGGACAUCCUGUACUACUUUUACGGCGUCAACCCACUGCUCAGGUUGCCGCGUAUGCUCAAGAUACAGACAUUCUGGGAAUUUUUCGACCGCAUUGAUGCCCUCGCCAAGUCGCCUUAUGUGAUCAGGGUGUUGCGAACGCUUCUUUACAUGAUGUACCUGAUCCACCUCAACACUUGCGCCUACUAUGCCAUCUCCAAGUACGAAGGCAUCGGCUCCAAUCAAUUCGUCUUUCAAGGCGGAAACAAGACCGCGUACGUGCGCUGCUUUUAUUUCGCCUUCAAGACGGCCACGUCGAUCGGGAAGAACGCGAAGCCGAGCAACGAGCUGGAGUACGCGUACAUGACGCUCUCGUGGUUGCUGGGCGUCUUCCUGUUCGCCUUCCUGAUCGGCCAGGUACGCGAUAUUGUGGCCACGGCCACGCAGGGCCGCACACAGUGCCGCCAGGCGGUCGACGCCUGCGUCCGACACCUGCGCCGCCUCGGCCUGCCUGAUGACCUGCAGAGGCGCGUCCGCCUCUGGCUUAAUCACACCUGGGCACAGAAGAAGACCCUCGACGAGAACUCCAUCUUGGCCACGCUCCCUAGAAAAAUGAAGACCGACAUCGCCAUAAGCGUCCACUACAACACACUGGCCAAGGUUCAAUUUUUCCAGGACUGCGAGCGGUCAAUGCUGCGAGACUUAGUGCUAAAACUGCAGUCGGUUCUCUUCCUUCCUGGUGAUUACAUCUGCCGCAAGGGAGAAAUCGGUGUGGAAAUGUACAUCGUCAAUAAAGGGGUCAUCCACGUCAUCGGAGGAGAAAACAACAACGUUGUGCUCGCAACGCUCACCGAAGGCAGCGUGUUCGGGGAAGUGAGCCUCCUCGGGCUACCCGGCUUCAAUCGGCGCACUGCUGACGUGCUCUCGGUGGGCUUCUCGAACCUUUUCGUACUCAGCAAAGACGAUCUAAACGACGUCCUGCACGACUACCCUGACGUCGAGGCCAUGCUUCGCCGCAAAGCCAAGAGUCAGAUGAUGAAGAACAAGGCGUCGAACGAGAAGACGCUGGAGAGAAAAGCGCGGCGCAUCCAAGCCGAGCCAAUUAUUAAGACACCUCCGGCCAGGCCCAAGACGCCCAAACUGGUGCAGACAGUGUUGCAGGUACUGCGGCCGGAGUCGAAAACCGGCUCAGCCCUUGCGAGGCGCGUUUUCGGCGGCCGCGCGAGCCAGCGGCCUACAAGCGGCAGCGAGUCGGACAGCAGCAGCAACUCGAGCGAGGCCAUGGGGCGGCCCACGACACUGAGCUUUCGCGAUGAAGACGGCGUGGAGAUGCGCGUGGACACGUACCACGAUGUGACGCAGAACGCGCUCACCCUGAGGGCAACCUCGGCGUCGGGACUUCGCGUCCCGCGCUCGGUGCCACCGCGCUGCAAGAGCUCGCCCGCAGUUAUACGGCAUCCGGAAGAGCGGCGACCAGAACGACCUACCCCACUGAUGCGGCGGCCGCGGCCAUCGCCGCUGGUGCUGCUCAGCCGCUGCCUAGGCACCGACAGUCCGGAGUCAGUGCGCCGCCACUGGCGACCGCUAACGGCACGAAGCCGCGUGACGCCGCUGACGCCGCCGUUGCCGCACGACCUCGCCGCCACAGACGGGCCCGUCAGCGCCGUCAACGACGAGGCCGCGGCGCCGCAGCGGCACAGUGGUGACUCGGCGCCAUCAUCUAGGGCGAGUCUCCGGUCCGCGUCGCUCUCGGGCAAUGAGCUCUCCGACAAAGACGAGUUCCAGCUCGUGUCGCCCGGCUUCCCGUCCAGCUCAUCGCCUAGCUGGACGUUCGAAGAGCCUCCGUGCUAGAGGGAUGUCAUGACAACACCACAGCUUGCUGUUGAGUUACUCGAGCAACCCGCGAAUUAGAAGGUCCACUUCCACAAGGGAGCCGCAGUGUCGCGCCGAAAACAUCGUCAAUGCUGACGGCUUUCUCUGAGCAGAAGACGCAUAGGCACAGCGGCCAAACUAUCUGACUGGCAGAGACAUUACCGCAGAAUUUCGUCGUCCUUCCGGGCGCAGAAGGUUUGCCAUGGCGCAGCGGGUUCGCCACGGAUGUGCAUACCCAACAUCCUUCUUGUUUUCACUCACAUUCUGCAAGAAAGAUAACGCGCGGGUGACUUCGGUCUAAGCGACGAACCAAUGGCGACGCAACUCUUUAAGGUCAUAACGCCAGUUCUUCUCGUUGUAGCGCGGAUACUAAUUUAUCGCGAAGCGCGCUGAAUAGCAUCAAAUAUCGAACAUAAGAUUCAGUCUCCGCCAGGCAUACAUUGGAGAGCGAGGCCACAUAGGAAACAGCAGAUCAUGUUGACCGAUGUACCUGAGCGUUGAAGCAGACACUUGCGACGGGACGUACUACUACGAGGAGACUGAGCGAGACAGGUAGAUAUAUAGCCCUGUACAUUUAUUACUAGCCAUGUAUAAUAUUCCAAUCGAAGCACAAUGUGGGGCCAUCAUACCAGUGGCGUAGCCAGAAUUUUUUUC